UAACUAUCACUCCAGUGUCAUUUCUCCUUCCCUUCCCAAAGCCUGUUCCCCGUCAGACGCAGCAAACUUGAAAAGGCCCAAACCACAGCGAGCGGGAGCUCACAUUCACAAAGACCUACUGCUGAUCGGAGACUGCGAGAACGAAGAUGGGAACCAUAGGGAGAGCCGUAUACACCGUCGGAUUCUGGAUUCGCGAGACCGGCCAGGCCAUGGAUCGCCUCGGUUGUCGCCUCCAGGGCAACUACUACUUUAAGGAGCAACUAUCUAGACACCGGACGCUUAUGAACCUCUUUGAUAAAGCUCCUGUGGUUGAUCAAGAGGCGUUUGUGGCUCCAAGUGCCUCUGUCAUUGGGGAUGUUCAAGUAGGAAAAGGAUCAUCUAUUUGGUAUGGAUGUGUUUUGAGAGGUGAUGUCAACAGCAUUAGCAUUGGAUCUGGAACUAAUAUACAAGACAACUCUCUUGUGCAUGUGGCCAAGUCUAAUUUGAGUGGCAAUGUUCUGCCAACCAUCAUUGGGGACAAUGUGACUGUGGGUCACUGUGCUGUUUUACAUGGAUGUACUGUUGAGGACGAGGCCUUUGUUGGCAUGGGAGCUACACUUCUUGAUGGUGUCUUCAUUGAAAAAAACGCUAUGGUUGCUGCUGGAGCUCUUGUUAGUCAGAAUACAAGGAUUCCAUGCGGUGAGGUAUGGGGAGGCAAUCCAGCAAAGUUUCUAAGGAAGCUAACUGACGAAGAGAUGGCUUUUAUUUCCCAGUCGGCUGUCAAUUAUACCAACCUUGCACAGGUUCAUGCUGCUGAAAAUGCAAAGCCUUUUGAAGAGAUAGAGUUUGAGAAGGUGCUUCGUAAAAAGUUUGCUCGUCGGGAUGAGGAUUAUGACUCGUUGCUGGGGGUUGUUCGCGAAACUCCCGCUGAGCUCAUUCUUCCUGACAACGUUCUACCGGACAAAGCACGAAAGGAAAAGUAACUGAAGGAGGUCUUAUUUUUCUUUUAAUUUUCAAAUCGUAAAAUUUGGGUCAAGGAAUAUUCUUUGUUAUGUGCAAAUACCUGGAGAAAGGAUCCAGCUUUCUUUCCCAAUAAUACCAGACAUGGCCAGGGGUAGAAUCAUGGCCUCCCAUUUUGUUUCUGGCUCUACACUACCUGUGGUUGAUUUGAAACUAUAAUUUCUGCUUUGGGAGGAGUAAUGCCAUCCAGCAGCUGUUUGUUGAUGUUUGUGUUCUUUGUAUUUACCAUAUCGCUCUCUCGGAUGAUAUUGUUGAUCGUUAAAAUAACGGGAAAUUGUAAUGCCCCUUGGAAUAGAUGCAUUAUAACUUGAGUUAGUUGUGAGAA